AUGACCACCAACAACACCACCGCCUCCUAUCUACAACUCACCCUUUCCUCACCUCCAAAAAAACCCCAACCCAUCCCAUGGACCCACCAAGAAACCCUCAACCUCAUCCGAGCCUACCAAGAAAAAUGGUACUCCCUCAAACGCGGCCCACUCCGCGGCAGCCAAUGGGAAGAAGUCGCCGUUGUCGUCGCCGCCCGAUGCGGUUACGAUUACAGUCACCCUUCUAAAACCGCCCUCCAAUGCCGCCACAAGAUGGAAAAACUCCGUCAACGUCACCGAUCCGAAAAGCACCGCUUCACCGCCACUUCCUCCGCUGCCUCUUCCCGAUCCUGGCAGUAUUUCCGUCUCAUGGACGAUCUUGAACGCGGUCCUCUCCCUAUCUCCGUUCGAGCUCUUCCUCACAACAACAGCCACGAAUAUGAGAACAACAACAACAACUAUAGCGAUGGUGAGAGAGGGAAAAAUCAGAGUGUUAGGUCAAGGAAUAUUCUUCACCAGAAAGCUGAUGAUGAUGGUGCGGAGGAGGAAGAGGAAGGAGGGAUGGCAACGGAGUUGACGGCAGAGUUGAGAAGUUUUGCAGAGAGGAUAGUUCGAUUGGAAAAUAUGAAGAUGGAGAUGAUGAAGGAAACAGAGAGGUUUAGGUUAGAGAUGGAGAAUAAGAGGAUUCGUAUGAUACUUGAAUCUCAGUGGAGGAUUAUUGAUUCCAUUGGAAGGGUUUUUAGAUCUUCCUAG